CCAAUGGCUGCAUGGAGGGGUGUGUACAUAAUCGACCUAUUAUUGCGUGCAAGAUGGUGGUCACCCUACAAUAUUUACCAAGGAUCUUUAACAGCACUACAUUAUCCAGAAGAACCAACCUUUCAAAUUUGCUUAGCCAUGUUGAUUUUUAGUCUGUUUUCCAUUCUGACCUCCUUCUGCUGCUCCUCUUGCCAAUAAACCAUCAAAGUACGUUUGGGUCACAGAAUGGACCGUCUGCAUUGUUUUGAUUUUCAGGUAAUAUAUACCUUUGCAUGCAGCCUAUGUGUGGGUGCAGCCAUGUGCAUAGUAAGUAGACACCAGUAUGAACCAGUAAGGCGCAGGAGCUGCUGUCCACGGGUAUCAGGAGAAUCUUGCAAAACCCAAGGCUUACGUGCAAAUCCGGAAUAUGAUUGAAAGAUAACGACGCAUUUGCGCUGAUAGGACAACGACAGAAAUACAUCUUCUUGAUUGGUGGCCCUACUCUUGCAUGCUCCUCCUCUCCCUUGGCAGCAAUGUGUAUAGACAUUGACGGCGACGACACACCCGGAUGCUACUGCAACCGGUCGCUGGAGUUCUUCUACAAUCACAGUGACAAGCACAUCAGCAAUUCGUGGACCUCGCAAAACCUGCUGGUGGUGAUCCUGGGCAUCAUAGUUUGUGCCUUCAUCCUCUUUGCCAACAGCUUGGUCAUGGUGGCCAUCAUCAUCAACCGUGGCUUCCACUACCCCAUCUACUACCUACUGGGCAACCUGGCUGCGUCCGACCUGUUUGCCGGCGCCUCUUACCUCUACCUGAUGUUCCAUACGGGCCCCUGGAUUACAAAGAUGACCAAAGCCCAGUGGUUUGUGCGGCAGGGUCUGAUCAACAUAAGCCUGACAGCGUCUGUGGUCAAUCUGCUGGCCGUGGCCGUGGAAAGGCACCAGAUUAUCUUCACUGUCAAGUUCCACAGCAGGAUAUCCAAUUGUCGGGUGGCACUGCUCAUCCUGGGCAUCUGGCUAGUGGCCCUGCUGAUGGGCCUCAUCCCCAGCAUGGGCUGGCACUGCCUGUGUGACCUGAAAAACUGCUCCACCAUGGUGCCCUUAUACAGCAGGAGCUUCCUGAUCUUCUGGGCCGUGCUCAACCUGGUCAUCUUUAUUAUCAUGGCGAUCAUGUACUUGCGCAUCUUCCUGUACGUGCACAAGAAAAUCCAGAGGAUAUCCCAGCACCAAACACAGAAAAAGCAAAUGGAUACUGUCAUGAGUCUCGUGAAGACCUUGACCAUGAUCCUAGGUGCUUUUGUGAUCUGCUGGACUCCAGGUCUAGUGGUCCUCCUGCUAGAUGGCCUUGGCUACAGGGGCACAGGCAUCCUGAAGGUGCAUGAGUACUUCAUGGUCCUGGCUGAGUGUAACUCUGUGGUCAACCCCAUCAUCUGCUCCUUGCGGAACCAAGAGAUGCUGUCGACCUUUAAGGGCAUCUUAUGUAGCCCCUGCAGGAGGGGCGGGGUGCAGAGCGUUCCUGCUGAUACCCUGAUUCAAGAGCAACUCCAAAAUGAAGAGGACUUAGGGAAGACCCCCCAGCGCCGUGUCAACGCCCCUGCAGUGCAGAAUCAUGGCCCGAUUGUCGAACAAACACUCACUUUGGAGUCUUAAUUUUGAUAGGGAGGCUGAGCCACCAGGUUGGGAACUAACAUGUAUCCUGAAGCUCUGGAUUUCUGGGGUGAAAUAGCUCUGGGUAGAAGCACACAGUUUGUCUGAUGGCUUACGGAUUUACCUACAGCGAACUGCGAAGUCUCCUGGUUGCCGGGGCAGACCGGCAAACUCUGUGUGUUAUCGACAUGAAAGCUUUUAUUUGUACUUGAUGCUGUUUAUAAUGUUCAGUCACUGGUGUUUAAUGUUUAGCCUCCCAGUGACUGAAAUGAAAACUUGCCUUUGCUAUUUGAUGUGAUUUGUGCUUUUGUCCACUUUUAUGAAGAUGGAACGACAAUAUCAUCGGUAAUCAGCUAUAUCAGACAAGUCGAUAUCUGUCGAUAUCUGACAGUAACCAACAAAAGGCUGCAUAUUAACACCUUUUUUACCCUCUGUGAUCAGACUGAAGACAAAGUAUGGCUAGCGGAUUUGAAGAAAGAUUAGCUAAGCAAAUCCGGAAAUACCAGUAUGUAUAUGUCUCCUCUCUUCUGGAUUAUAAAGUUUCAGGUGGCUGCAAUCAGAAAUAAAAUACAUCUUUGUAAUGGCAAUGCCAUACAACAGUCUAUGGAAGCCUGCUUUUUUAGUCAAGCAGGUAGCAUCACCUCCUCUGCAAGAUGCUAUAUUUAGGAAUAUAUCCCAAACAUACAUUAUUCACAUGAUGUAAUCAGCUGGCAAGUUACUUUGGAUGCCAUGGUAGCUGGCUACAUUCUGAAAGCAGUAUAACAGGGUAGCACUACUGCUGCCUUCAUUGCUUUAGUUUGAAAUAUUCAAUUAUUCUUGUGAAGCCAGUGUUUGCAUAGGGCUUCCAGUAUCCUACCGAAUGAAAUACACGUUCGGUAUUUUUCACCAACUUUAAUUAGAACACAUUUUGUGCAAUGUCACAAAGCAUUAACGUUAGAUAUGCCUGGAUCACACUCGAUCGGGUGAAGUUUAAGUUUAAUUGCACCUUUUCAUUUCAAACCUGCUUAACAUUUACAAUGUAAUUAUCCUUUCAAGAUUCAAUGCAGGCUACCACUCACACACAGCUGGAAAUAUUACAAUGCCGGGGCAGAGCGGACGCAGCCAUUGUAGCCUUCGCUUGUCAGCCACUGUAGGCAUGUUGCAUAGAACCAUAAAAGUAGAGGAAGAAGUGAUAUCAUACGUCUCUGACUGCUUGAUGGUUGUUAGAAAAGAACUCAGAACUUUGAGAAAUGAAGUCGCAAUUAAGCAAACUUCUUUUUUGUAAUGUGGCAGGAACGGACUUCCAUACCUGUCUGUGUCCUUGCGUACUCUGAUUUACAUAAUGUAUGGUUAUUUUUAGUAAAAUACUUAUUUUUAUUUAGAGAUGCUCAAUGUAUCAGUAAACAUUUCAGUAUUGGUCGAUAUUUGUUCAAAAUCAAGAUCUGGCAUUGGUCUGAUGUAUCAAUCUUUGCAAAUAUUUAAACUUUAGCAAUAUUCUAAGUAUACUAGCACCAGCAGUAAAGACAUAACUACGAAAGUAAUGUACAUUUAUUAUUAUACGAUCGGGCAUUUUCCAUAGUAGAAGACGAGGGAUUUUGUCGGCUUACACCAAUUAAAACUACAUUUUUCUGCAAAGAUCCAUCGAACCUAUAAACGUCUUUGCUGAAUUUAGAAGGUUAGGCCCAUUAGAAUAAACGUAUUAAUGUGGAUAUAUAGUUGCUCUCCAUGAAUUUAUAAACGAAGUGCCGUUUACAGUUUGUUGUAGGCCUAGCUUUCAACAUUUUACAAUUGUAAAAUACAUGUAUUUGAAAUUGCAUUACAAUGUUAUUAUUAUUAAAUAUGAUGCCUUGAACAAUGUGCUCAUACAGAAUACAAAUUUAGCAGAUGAAUGCAUGCUGCAAGUGAUUGAUACAACUCUAAGAAAUGCAUUCUAAAAUGAAAACAAUUAGUUUUUUGUGGAUAUUCCUUUUAAAUUCCUUUUUUUAAAAUACUAUUUACCUGUUUAGGUCCAGAAUGACAAAAGACAUGAAAAUGAACAGAAGAUUUUAAACAAAAGAAAAGAAAGAGUAUGUCGAAAUUGCCACCAGCUACACUCUGCAACAAUACAAGCAUCAAACACUAGCUGGGAGAGAUGAAAUGUCAAACGAUUGUAGGGC